AUGCAUUUAUUCGAAUAUAUAAUAUAAUUUUAUGAUAAUUCUAGUUAAUGAAAACAUUUUAAUCAAUGUGCAAUGGCUACUGUUACCAUAAGUCGAGAUUUGCCUGAUAUAGAGAAUUUGUUGUCCUUGAAUCCUAAAGUUCACAAGGCAUGUUCGUUGGUUCCUUCUUACGUUACCAAAGUCAACAAACAUCAUUGGAAGCGCAACCAAGAUAAAUCUAGUCAGUCAGGACCUCCGCUAGAAAAUGAUUUUUCAGACAUCAAACAUACUACUUUAUCGGAACGAGCUGCGCUUAGAGAAGCUGCCAGAUGUUUGAAAUGUGCUGAUGCGCCUUGCCAGAAAUCUUGUCCGACACAACUCGAUAUUAAGAGUUUCAUUACUAGUAUCGGAAAUAAGAAUUACUAUGGGGCGGCGAGAGCAAUAUUUAGUGACAAUCCAUUGGGUCUCACCUGCGGCAUGGUUUGCCCUACAAGCGACUUAUGCGUGGGCGGAUGUAAUCUUCAAGCUUCUGAAGAAGGUCCGAUCAACAUUGGUGGAUUGCAGCAAUUUGCAACCGAGGUUUUUAAGAAGAUGGGAAUAAAGCAACGUCGUGAUCCAAAUCUAGCACCAUUAAAAUACCCAAAUAGGAAGGUGGUUUUAAUAGGCGGCGGACCUGCUUCUUUGUCCUGCGCUACAUUUCUAGCCAGACUUGGAUAUGAUGAUGUUACUAUAUAUGAAAAACGAGAUUACCUCGGAGGAUUGAGUUCUUCUGAAAUACCUCAGUUUCGUCUCCCAUAUGAUGUCGUAGAUUUUGAAAUUGAGCUAGUUCGCGAUUUGGGCGUAAAAUUUGUUACCGGUAGAGUGUUUUCUAAAAAAGACAUUACUUUGAAGAGCUUGCUAGAUUCCGAAGUGUCGUCAGUAUUUCUAGGUUUUGGCUUGCCUCAUCCUAGACCUGAUCCAAUAUUUUCAGGGCUCACUGAAGAAAUGGGUUUUUAUACUUCUAAGGAUUUUUUGCCUAAAGUUGCAAAAGGGAGCAAACCAGGACUUUGUGCUUGUGCUUUAGCAUCAUCCUCUUUACCUCGUUUAAAUGGAACAGUAAUUGUGCUUGGAGCUGGUGAUACUGCUUUCGAUUGCGCCACCUCUGCUUUACGAUGCGGAGCACGAAAAGUUUUUGUAGUAUUUCGAAAAGGCAGUACAAAUAUUCGAGCAGUUCCAGAAGAGGUUGAAUUAGCCCGAGAAGAGAAAUGUGAAUUCGUUCCUUUUAUGUCGCCUCAGAAAGUUGUUGUGAAGAAUAACAAGAUCACGGCCAUGGAAUUUUGCAGAACUGAGCAAGAUGAAAAUGGCCAAUGGAUUGAGGAUAAAGAACAAACUACGCGCCUCAAAGCUAAUUUUGUUAUAUCUGCCUUCGGAUCAGGUCUUUAUGAUCCUGAAGUUGUCGAAGCUUUGCAGCCUUUGGAAAUGCACCGAGGUUUACCACGGGUGGAUUCGCGUACUAUGCGUUCUACGCACCCUCAGGUAUUUUGCGGAGGCGAUCUUGCCGGCAGCGCCGAUACCACUGUUGAAUCUGUCAAUGAUGGUAAAACUGCCGCCUGGUACAUGCACUGUUCUAUGCAGGGUCUUCCAAUGGAUACUCCGCCAAAUUUGCCACUAUUCUUUAGCGAUGUAGAUUUAGUUGAUCUCUCGGUUGAAGUUUGUGGGAUAAAAUUCGAAAAUCCAUUUGGAUUAGCUUCAGCGCCUCCUACUACCAGUGGUCCUAUGAUACGUAGAAGUUUUGAGCAAGGCUGGGGUUUUGCUGUUACUAAAACUUUUGGUUUAGAUAAGGAUCAAGUUACAAAUGUGUCGCCCAGAAUUGUCAAAGGUACAACAUCCGGUCAUAUUUACGGUCCAGGCCAAAGUUCAUUCCUAAACAUAGAAUUGAUAUCUGAAAAAUGUUUAGAUUACUGGCUGCAGUGUCUGAAAGAACUCAAACGUGAUUUCCCCACUAAGGUAGUCAUUGCAAGUAUUAUGUGUUCAUAUAAUGAAGCAGACUGGACCGAAUUAGCGACAAAAGCAGCAGCCACUGGCGUUGAUGCUUUAGAAUUAAAUUUGUCUUGUCCUCAUGGUAUGGGAGAAAGCGGAAUGGGUUUAGCUUGUGGCCAGAAACCAGAAUUAGUGUACAAUAUAUCACGUUGGGUUCGCGCUGCUGUAAAAAUUCCAUUUUUUGUUAAACUUACUCCAAAUAUAACCGACAUCGUAGAAAUUGCUAGAGCAGCUUAUGAAGGUAAAGCGGAUGGUGUAUCAGCAAUUAACACCGUGUCAGGAUUAAUGGGCUUGCGAGGCGAUGGUACAGCAUGGCCUGGAGUUGGAGAAGCCAAAGGAACAACAUAUGGCGGUGUUUCAGGCAAUGCAACACGGCCAAUGGCUUUACGUGCAGUAUCAGCAGUUGCCAAAGCUUUACCAGGAUUUGCUAUUCUUGGCAUAGGAGGUGUAGACUCUGCAGAUGCGGCUCUGCAAUUUUUGCAUUGUGGAGCCAGCGUUGUUCAGGUUUGCAGCGCUGUUCAAAAUCAAGACUUUACGGUAAUAGAUGAUUAUUGCACGGGGCUUCGUGCAUUAUUAUACUUACGGGCAAAUCCGCCACCAGUUUUGGAUAGUGAUGCAGGACCAUGGGAUGGACAAUCACCUCCGAGAACAAAGGUGCAACGGGGUAAACCAAUUGCACCUCUUUGUGAUGAAAACGGAAAGCCUAUUCUACAUUUUGGUCCUUAUGCAAAGAAACGUGAAGAAAUAUUAGCAAAGCAAAGGCUUGAAAAUGGAGUGUGCACUCCGCCAAAGCAAGGUGGUAUCAAGAAAAUCUCAGAAGAUGAAUUUAUUCCACGUAAAGAGAAAUCAGUGAUGGCACCCAGCAUAGCUUCCAUGAUAGGAUUGGCCUUAGAACGCAUCGGCCCGUACAAGAAAUUGGACAACUCGCGGCAAGUCGUUGCUUUGAUUGAUGAUGAUUUGUGUAUCAAUUGCGGAAAAUGUUACAUGGCUUGUAAUGAUUCUGGAUACCAGGCUAUACAAUUUGGUGCUGAAGAUCACAGACCAGUCGUGACCGACGAUUGCACAGGAUGUACGUUAUGCCUAUCAGUUUGUCCAGUUAUAGAUUGCAUCAGUAUGGUUCCUAAAAAGAUACCACAUGUUAUUAAACGAGGAGACCCUAAAACGUUAAAUGUUCAUCCACUUUCUUAAUAAUUUAAGAAAUAAAUUGUUAUUUCUAUAUAACUAAUUGACCGAAA